UACUUUGGUAAAAACAGCCAGAAAGUCUACAGAAAAAGAGGAAAGAGAGUUUGACAGAGAGAGCUAGGGGAAUACUGUACCAACAUCAUAAAACAUUACAUCAGCACUUAGUACAUAUUGGUGAAAAUACCAUUUAUGUCUGAUUUCUUCAUUCUCACAUAUCUACAUUGAGGAGCAUUCACACAGACUGUACAGCCCUCAUGAAAGAUCUGAUAUUGAAAUAUCAUGCUUCUUUUUGGUUUUGUCCAGCUGAGAACCUUGCUAGGUCUUUGAAGUUGAUUUCUGGCACAAGGUGGAUUUGGAUAUUCAUCUAACAAGUAUUCACAUAAAGAAUUUCAACUUCAAGAGCACCAACAAUCCAAGUUUAAACAUGGCCACAAUAACACAAUUUAUUUAAAGAGCAUCGAUUUGGACAAAGUUUAAACAGUUAAUUAGUGUCUUGAUUACUCAAAGCUAACCACAGCUGAGGUGAAUUGAACUGCGUCAAAGCCAUCAUUCCUGCUUCCAUUUCAACUGUUAUUUAUCUGUUAGUUAGUGUCACGUUCCUCAUCAAGAAAACCAAAAAUGUCGCUCAGCCGAGCCUCUUUCCGCCAGCUUCUCAGUAGAUGAAAAUACUGUAAACAGUUUACGCAUUAUGUGUAACUAUAAGGCAAUUUUCUGAUUUCGUUCUGUAUUCAAUUCGUCAACAAUUUGUAAAAUGUCGUAUCUUAAUUAUUGAGACAGUAUUUUAUACAAAAAUCUGAGUAGGACUUGAUUCGUUAUCAGAGGUGUUAAUAAUAAUGGAGAGGUGCAUCCGUUACGCAUUGCUUAAUUGUUCAAGCUAUUAAAUGCCACGGGAAACAUGAGUAAAAUAAUAGAUUGGAAACAAUAAUAAAUACAUUUAAUAUUUGAAACUGUAUUUUAGCAAUCGAAUGUUUUACAUUUCGAAUUUAUUAACGAUUAAAAAGUUACAUAAUUUGUUUGCGUAAUUCCAAAUCCAAUGUGUUCAUUUUGUCACACAAUACAUUCAUUUUCAAAGCUAGUCUUCAAAAUAUUAGAGGUUGUGGGCAGGCGAUUUAGGUAUGUUGAGGGUUGUGUCCAGUUUUGCGCAAUAUGACUGGCUGCCAUAGGAUACAGAAGUGGGUAUGGCUAUAACAGCUCAGCGCGUGGUGGCUGAAAUUUGAUUCGCGUUUAAAAGGCCCAGCAGCUCAGAAACCGAAAAGAGUUCGUUGGAGUCCUUUGUCCGUCAGCUUCAGGUAGCUCCUUAUAAAGAUAGGCACUCAAAUCUGCCCCUCUAGCACUGUAACUAGGGCCAAGGAUCACACAGGGGGGCUGUGCUAUGCACACUCCCAUACAUGCACUCCUCUCUUAAAAGAGUCAACCAGUCUCUGGUUUUCAGUCCUACGAAUGAUCCGAUGAUGGGGAUCCUUGGCAAUGGCACCGUACUCCCGAACGGGAGCGAUCCUUUCGGUAGAAACGAAGAGGUCGCAAAAAUAGAGAUAACGGUCCUGAGCAUCACCUUUGUGGUGGCCGUGAUUGGGAACGUCAGUGUCUUGCUGGCCAUGUACAACACCAAGAAAAAGACUUCGAGAAUGCACCUCUUCAUCCGUCACCUUAGUAUUGCUGAUCUAGUGGUCGCCUUCUUUCAGGUCCUGCCGCAGAUAUGCUGGGAGAUCACCUUUCGCUUCUACGGACCAGAUUUCCUGUGCAGGAUAGUGAAGCACCUCCAGGUGAUGGGCAUGUUCGCCUCCACCUACAUGAUGGUGAUGAUGACCCUGGACCGUUACAUCGCCAUAUGCCACCCUCUGAAAACCCUCCAGCAGCCCACCCAGCGGUCUUACAUCAUGAUCAUUAGCACCUGGAUGAGUAGUCUGGUCCUCAGCAUGCCACAGUACUUUAUAUUCUCCCUGAGUGAGAUCAAGAACGGCUCGGAGGUCUACGACUGCUGGGGCCACUUCAUAGAACCGUGGGGCGUAAAAGCAUACAUUACUUGGAUAACCGUUGGCAUCUUCCUCAUCCCCGUGUUCAUUCUGAUGAUAUUCUACGGGUUCAUCUGCCACAGCAUAUGGAAAAAUAUCAAGUAUAAGACCAAGAAGACACCCGUGGGAGGUGCGUCUAAAAACGGUCUCAUGGGCAAGAACUCCGUUAGCAGCGUCACCACUAUAUCCAGAGCGAAGUUGAGAACGGUCAAAAUGACUUUUGUGAUUGUUCUGGCGUACAUUAUUUGCUGGUCACCUUUCUUCAUCGUACAGAUGUGGUCGGUUUGGGAUGAGAACUUCGCAUGGGAUGAUUCUGAGAACACGGCUGUCUCACUGUCCGCGCUCCUCGCGAGUCUUAACAGCUGCUGUAACCCGUGGAUAUACAUGAUCUUCAGCGGGCAUCUCCUACACGACUUUACGCACUGUUUCCCGUGCUGUAAUAAUUUACGCCACACGUUCAAGAAAGAGGACUCUGACAGCAGUCUCCGGAGAAAUACGAUAUUGAGUAAAAUGACCAACCGGAGCCCAACAUGCAGUUCGGGCACAUGGAAAGACCCUGACAACUCGACGAAAUCCUCCGUUCCAUCUAUCCAAACGGAGACCUAACACAGCGCGUUAAAAGCACUAACACACGACAGCGAUGAAUUAUAGUUAACUCUUAUUUCAUGUGUCUCUAAUAUAUAUUUGUGAUCGUGAAUUGGUUUUGGGGUUUAUUGUCUGGUAUGCCAGUCUUGAUAACGUCAAUUAUAAACUACUAUUGUUUAUAAUGACUUAAUUAGGCUACGUCAGAUCUGAAUUUGAAAAUGUAUAGUGGAAAAGAAACAGAUCAUCUGAACAUAUUUAAAUACCAACAGCCACAGCUAUAUCACCUGCGUUCUUUAUUUUAUUUUUUACUUCCUAUAACAUUCCACAUUCCAGAGUCCUCUUUUCUAUGUAUUCUGAGUUGAUGUGAUCCAGCCUAGGAAUUUCUACAGCAAAACCCAGACCACUUCGUAUGACAAAUGACAGAUCUGUGACCAAGAUGCACGGAUUAGAUUAUCACAGUCAUGCUAUUAAAAGUGAACACAAUUUUUUUGAUAACAGUUAAGGCUGCCUGCUGUUUGUUAGUGUGUGUGACUAUGUGUUGGCCAUAUAUGCCCAGUGAGCCCAUCUCUCGGUGUGAAAUUAAAUACAUUUGGACCUGACUAGCCCUGACUGUUUACAAAGUAACAGAGGUGCCUGUCUGCCGGCCUGGUUGACUUCUACACAGACCAUGGUGUGUUGUAGUCAGAAUGGCUCUUCCAUUAGUCACAUCUUCUAGUAACCAAGAGGAUCAGCUCUUUCAGGUGUCUGACCUUAUUUUGUCACGUGUCUCCCAACUACUGGUUUGCAUCCUUGCAUCCUUGUUUUUCAAGCCUGAACCAAAGAUAAAUGGAUUCUGGAUAAAAGCUGCAUGUGUGUUGAAAUCAGGAUCUCAAUUCUACCUCACAUUGGACCAUUUUCCAUCCUUUUCUUCAGUGAUUAUUUCCCAAAACAAUUCCCCAGAGCCUCGUAGCUCAUAAAUCUAGUAGAAAUCGUUUCUGCUGCAUUUAGAACCCUUAAAAAAUGACCUUAAUCUAAAUGUCCAUUGGGACUUCAUCAUUAGUCAUCUAGUUUAUACAGUUCUCCAAUGUCGUUAAGGCCGUCAUUGUAGGUCGUCAUUGUAAAUAAAAAUGUGUUCUUAACUGACUUGCCUAGUUAAAUAAAGGUUAAAUAUAUAUAUAUAUUUUAAAAAAAAGUUAAAUCACUGGCCUUCGUGGCUGGAGCAUCUGUGGACAAUGUUGAGAGACCAGAUGUGACUGUCUCCCUCAGCUUGAGAAUAGCGAACUGGUUGUGUUAUGUACUAUGUAUGCAUUAACCUCAUCCCCAUGGUAUUUUCCUACAGAGAGAGAAUUGUCUGGUGGAUGAUAUGAACUGUGUAUGAAUGUAUGUUUAGGGGGUGAAGUGAGUGAAAUAGUAGGGGCCGUUUGAGAAGAAAUAUAGCCUACUGUUCUGUAUAAGCCAUACUGUAUAUAUAUGUGUGUGUGUCACAGCUCCUCCCAUAUCCUCCACAUCAGGCGGCAGGUGGUUAGAGUGUUGGACUAGUAACCGAAAGGUUGCAAGAUCGAAUCCCUGAGCCGACAAGGUAAGAAGUCUGUUGUUCUGUUCCUGAACAAGGCAACCCACUGUUCCUAGGCUGUCAUUGAAAAUAAGAAUUCGUUCUUAACGGACUUGCCUAGUUAAAUAAAGGUAAAAAAAAAAAUCUGCAACAUUUGAAAAAAUACACCUUCCACAACAUGGGCUAAUGGUUAAAAACUCACACACACAUGCUUUUGGACACAGCCCACAUUGUAACACACUACACAAUUUGCUGUACAUUUCAUGCCAAGGUAUUCUAUAGGAUGUGACUGACAUUUCAUUGCCAGACCAAAUAAGAAUGUACUAAAGGAAAAUACUGACGUAGAAUAUAAAAUCUCAAGUAAAGGUUUUCCAAUUUGUAUAUACAGAAUAUACUAUACAACUGGAAUGUAUGUUUCUAUAGAACACGUGUUUUGCCAAUGUUGAAGUUAUCUAUAUGAAUAAUUUAUGUAAAGGUGUGUAAUGUGACUUUGUAUCUAUUUACUCUUGCUUGUACACAUUGUAAAGACAAUACAUAUCGCCGAAAAUAUAAAGUAAAUAUUCUAUACAAAAUAA